AUGUCUUCAACACUCGAAUCGAACCAGGCUUUGGCGGUCGCCGACACGUCUUUGUGCCAUGCACUCCGCCGGAUUAAAAUUCAUGAAGCAGAUGGCAGCAUGGUCAUUGACCAAGCUCAUAAAAUCGCCUGGCUAGUGUCCACUGCCCUUCAGCAGCAUGGCAGAAAUGCCUCGGUCAUCUCGCUGUUGCUGCUGUCUGCUGCAGCUGAGGUCAGAUCAACCAUGAACCAAGGCAUCGCCCCACAGUGGGUCCAGGUGCGGGAUAACAAUACUCAGAGGGAGUCCCACCCUUUCUUCCCAAAGACCGUUGGAUAUGUGGCAGGAAGCACACCUGAACCUGCACCUCAAGUUGCCCCAGCUCCAGCUUCAGCCCCAGCCCCAGCCCCUGCACCAAUGUCAGUCCCUCCAAUUGAAUCACUCCCUACCGCCGGGCACCAGCACAAUCUUCUUGUGCCUGGCAUGAUGGCCGGCAAGGGCAAACAGCCUGCCUGUGGGACUUGGAGAUCCCGAGAGGACAGCCCAAGCGCUGAGACGGGCCAGAAGAAGCGCAAGGUCUCAAGGCCCUCGUCCAAAGCCUUGCUCUCCGACACCAAGGAUGAGGAUGGGCAGCCAGGAGGCACCAUUGUGGUGGCAAAGCCGGCCAGUCUGCUGAAGUCCAAGGAAAGCACUUUGGGCGUGACCAAAGGCGUCAAGAAGACACAUGCCAAGGACACCAUCAGUCACACGCCAGUGAAGGGCAAAGGAAAGGAGAAGGCCAAGGAAGUUGCUGAGCCCAUUAGAGGGCACCCACUAGCCAAGGCCGAUGCUGGGGCUAAGACUUACAAUCCACCUUGCAAGAGGUGUGUCGAUGAGCCUUGCCUUGUCAUCAUUGGCAAGAGAGGGCAGGUCAUGAGGUCCUGCUCCAAAUGCAGCCUCAUGAAGGUGAAGUGCGACCAACCGAUGUCGGUCGAUUCUGAUACUCCUGUGCUGAUGGCACACCGGAGGUCCAGGGCUGCACUGGCCUCCAAGAAGGUUCCCCCGACAGCAACCCUGAGGUCCAAGUCCAAUGUUCCGCUCAGGAGAACCAGAGCAACCUCACGGGCAUGUCCACCGACUCCUAUCUUGGAGUCUGAAGAGGAAGCUGUCAAGGGUACCGGUAAGCAAUCAUUUAUUUUAUCAUAA